AGGGGACCUCGUUUCUUCCACCGCGCGCGCAGCGAAUGCAGGCCAUCAGCCAAUCCGCCCCCGCCCGUGCAGCCAGCCCAACACAACACAACACAACACAACACGGCCGCCUCCUUUCGUUUUCCCAGCACCACCCAACCAAGCCAGCCUUUGACCACCGGUUCCCACUCCAACCUUCCUCCCUUGUACCGUUGUACGCAUGCCAUAAAUAUGCCGUCUCCGAUAGACCAAUUCAAUACAAUACUCGUGUUCUUUCAGUGUACAGGCCAGGGAGAGCUUGAGCCUUGAGCUCCACGAUAACCUCAUCCUCAGCGAGCCAGCAUUGGGAGGGCCCAAUGGCGGAGCUGCUGCCCACGGCCGGUUUCUUCGACCUGCGCGCGGCGGCGCCGUUCUUGGCGGCGGCAGUGGCGCUCUACUUCCUGGUCGAGCAGCUGUCCUACCUCCGCAAGAAGGCCCCCCUGCCAGGCCCGUCGCUAGUCGUGCCGUUCCUCGGCAGCGCCGUGCGCAUGAUCCGCGACCCGACGGGGUUCUGGGACGUGCAGGCGGCGCGGGCCAGGGAGUCCGGCGCCGGGCUCGCCGCGGACUUCCUCUUCGGCCGGUUCAUCGUAUUCAUCCGCGACUCCGAGCUGUCCCACCGCGUCUUCGCCAACGUCCGCCCCGACGCCUUCCACCUCAUCGGCCACCCGUUCGGCAAGAAGCUCUUCGGCGACCACAACCUCAUCUACAUGUUCGGCGAGGACCACAAGGACCUGCGCCGCCGGAUCACGCCCAACUUCACGCCGCGCGCGCUCUCCACCUACGCCGCCAUCCAGCAGCGUGUCAUCCUGGCUCACCUCCGGAGGUGGCUCGACCAGAGCGCCGCCACCGGCGAGGCCAUGCCGAUACGGGUGCCCUGCCGCGACAUGAACCUGGAGACCUCGCAGACGGUGUUCGUGGGGUCCUACCUCACCGAGAAGGCAAGGGAGAGGUUCGCCAAGGACUACGCCCUCUUCAACCUCGGCCUCAUGGCCGUCCCCGUUGACCUGCCAGGGUUCGCGUUCCGGCGCGCGAGGCUGGCCGUGGCGCGGCUUGUGCGCACGCUCGGGGAGUGCGCGCGUAAGAGCAAGGCGCGCAUGCGCGCCGGCGGCGAGCCGGAGUGCCUCGUGGACUACUGGAUGCAGGAGACGCUGCGGGAGAUCGACGAGGCCGCAGCGGCGGGGCAGGCGCCGCCGGCGCACACCGACGACGAGGAGUUUGGGGUCUUCCUCUUUGAUUUCCUGUUCGCCGCCCAGGACGCGUCCACAUCCUCGCUCUGCUGGGCAGUCUCCGCCCUGGACUCGCACCCGGACGUGCUCGCCCGCGUGCGCGCCGAGGUGGCCGCGGUCUGGUCGCCGGAGUCCGGCAAGCCCAUCACGGCCGAGAAGAUUCAGGGGAUGAAGUACACCCAGGCGGUGGCGCGGGAGGUGGUCCGGUACCGCCCGCCGGCGACGCUGGUGCCGCACGUCGCCGGCGAGCCGUUCCAGCUGACGGAGUGGUACACGGUGCCCAAGGGGGCCAUCGUGUUCCCGUCGGUCUACGAGUCGUCGUUCCAGGGGUUCACCUCGCCGGAAGCGUUCGACCCGGAGCGCUUCUUCUCAGAGGCGCGCAGGGAGGACGUGUCGUGCAAGCGCAACUUCCUGGCCUUCGGCGCCGGCGCCCACCAAUGCGUCGGCCAGCGGUACGCCCUGAACCACCUCGUGCUGUUCCUGGCGCUGUUCGUGUCCGUGGCCGAGUUCCGGCGGGACAGGACGGCGGGAUGCGACGAGCCGGUCUACAUGCCAACCAUCGUGCCCAGGGAUGGCUGCGCCGUGUACAUGAAUCAGCGCUGCGACACGAUCCCAUCGUUCUGAGCUGGCCGUCCGCCUUGUCCCCAUCACCCACAGAGUAUCAUCUGUCUCUCUCUCGUCCCUUCCUCAUUCCUUUUUUCUAUUCUUCACCAGGUCAUGUCAAUGUGAUGAUUUGUUGUCUUGGGCGGGUCGGUCCAUUCAUCAAUUUAUUAUUUUGUUUGUCAUUGGUUUGCUGGCCGGCUGGCCGCAUGGGUCAUGUGCUCAUAUUGUAUUGGGGUUAAAUUGGCCAUGUCUGAAAUUGGACUAUUUGUUUCACUA